AUGGCUUUCCACACUCUCUCUAACAGCUUCCCUUCAAGGCCACACCCUAUCAUUCAAGAAGUUGACGAACAUUUGUGUAGACUGAGGUCUUCUGAGGCCGCCUCCACAUCUUCAUCAUCAAUAUGCCACAAACUAAGUGCCCUCCAAGACUUGCAUGAUUGUGUUGAUAAGUUGCUUCUGUUGCCUCUCACGCAGCAAGCCUUGGCCAAAGAGCAGAACAAGAAAUGGACUAAUGAGCUAUUAGAUGGCUCUCUCAGACUCUUGGAUGUUUGCAGCAGCGCCAAGGAUGCUAUCUUGCAAACCAAGGAAUGCACUAUUCACACCAAAAGAGUAGCUUGUGAGGAAGAAACAGAAGCAAAUGAAUUUGCCCAAGUGGAUGCUGCUCAGCAAUCAUUCUUUAAGACAAGCAAAUCUGACCACAAGAAUGCAGACAACCAGCUUGACAAUCUGGAGUCAUCCAUUCAAGAUCAGGAAGAACUUCUUGACUGCCUAUUUAGGCAGUUGAUUAAAACAAGGGUCACCCUCCUCAACAUCCUAAACCACUAG